UAUCGGCUGGCUUCUUCUCGAAGGCUCUAGAUAAUGUGGUUCGCUUCCUACCCCCAAUGCGCAUCGGCCAUCGCCAGAACCAGGGAUGCGUCGGCGGUACGAAGUGCCAGUUUUUCGCCGUCUGCUGGAUGUCGGGUGGCUCGCUGGGUGCCUCGUGUGGUCCCCUUUAUACAUGCUGCGUCACUCCAAGUAGUCAAGAUAUUCAGCCUCAGUAUUGGGGACCAGUCAUCAAUGAUCCACAAUGUGGAAAAAGUGCCACAAGAAUUAGUCGAAUUGUCGGAGGCUCGGACGCCUCAUUUGGACAGUGGCCUUGGCAGGCCUUUGUCCAAGUUGGUGGCAGUCGAUGUGGAGGAGCCCUGGUGGGUCCAGCACAUGUGGUCACCGCUGGACACUGCGUCGCCAGGUCACAGCACAACCCCUCAAGCAUUCGGGUAACUUUGGGCGAUUACAUCCUCCAUUCGGAAAUUGAGAGUCUGCCGCACGAAGUGUUCACAGUGGCCGAGGUCAAGUUGCAUCCCAAUUUUCGCUUCACACCGCAGGCAGAUCGCUACGAUGUGGCCGUACUGGUGCUCGACCGUUCGGUGCAGUACCGCGAGAACAUCAUGCCCAUCUGCCUGCCGCCCAAGGGCACCAUCUACCUCGGACGGAUGGCUUACGUCGCCGGCUGGGGGGCUCUUCAGGCAGGCUCCAAGCUGCGACCGAAGGUGCUCCAGCAUGUACCCGUUCCUGUGAUUGAUAAUCCUAUCUGUGAGAGCUGGCAUAAGCAGCGCGGCAUCAACAUUAAGAUAUUUGAGGAAAUGAGCUGUGCUGGAUAUCAGACCGGAGGAAAGGAUGCUUGUCAGGGUGAUAGCGGUGGUCCGUUGAUGCUGAAUGAGUUCGGCGUGUGGUACCUCAUCGGGGUCGUGUCUGCGGGCUACUCCUGUGCCAAACAGUACCAGCCGGGCAUAUACCACCGAGUGAGCAGCUCCUCAGACUGGAUCUCCUCUAAUGUCUUCCCGUCUGCACACUUUCGCACACCUCCGUAG